GCCCAGCCCAGCUCGGCCCCGCGGGGCCCCGAUGAUGCUGGGCGCGCGGGCGGCGGAGCAGCAGCAGCAGCAGCGCCCGAACGUGCGGCGGCCGCUGCCGCCCCAGUGACGGCCCCGCCAUGUCGGUGAUGGUGGCGAGGAAGAAGGUGGUUCGGAAAUGGGAGAAGCUGCCGGGCAGGAACACCUUCUGCUGCGACGGCCGUAUCAUGAUGGCCCGGCAGAAGGGCAUCUUUUACCUGACACUCUUCCUCAUCCUCGGCACCUGCACCCUCUUCUUCGCCUUCGAGUGCCGGUACCUGGCGGUCCAGCUGUCCCCGGCCAUCCCCGUGUUUGCAGCAGUUCUCUUCCUGUUCGCCAUGGCCACGCUGCUGCGGACGAGCUUCAGCGACCCUGGCGUGAUCCCCAGGGCCCUGCCCGACGAGGCAGCCUUCAUUGAGAUGGAGAUUGAGGCCACCAACGGGACCGUGCCGCAGGGUCAGCGCCCACCCCCGCGCAUCAAGAACUUCCAGAUCAACAACCAGAUUGUGAAGCUCAAGUACUGCUACACGUGUAAGAUCUUCCGGCCGCCCCGUGCCUCGCACUGCAGCAUCUGCGACAACUGCGUGGAGCGCUUUGACCAUCACUGUCCCUGGGUGGGCAACUGCGUGGGAAAGAGGAAUUACCGCUACUUCUACCUCUUCAUCCUCUCGCUCUCCCUCCUCACCAUCUACAUCUUCACCUUCAACAUUGUCUACGUAGCACUGAAAUCUCUGAAGAUUGGGUUUCUGAACACGUUGAAGGAAACCCCAGGGACUGUACUGGAGGUGCUCAUCUGUUUCUUCACGCUGUGGUCAGUGGUGGGGUUAACUGGGUUCCACACCUUCCUGGUGGCACUGAAUCAGACAACCAACGAAGACAUUAAGGGGUCCUGGACUGGGAAGAACCGCGUGCAGAAUCCCUACAGCCACGGCAACAUAGUGAAGAACUGCUGUGAGGUGCUCUGUGGGCCCCUGCCCCCCAGUGUCCUGGACAGACGGGGCAUCCUGCAGCAGGAGGAGAGCCCAGCUCAGGAGGGGUCGUGCCCGCGGGGACCCGGCACACAGGAGCCCUCGGCCACUCAGGGCCCUGGGCAGGCCCAGGAGGGUGGCGUGAAGCAGCAGGACAGCAGCAUUCCUCCCCCCAGUGCUGUCCCUGUGCCGUCUGUGAGUGACACUAAGAUACCAGAGGAGAAGCAGCGAACGCCUGGGGAGCUCCCGAUGCCCUCCCUGGACGCUGGGCGAGCAGAGCACUAGCAUCUGCUUGGAAGGGAGAACUUUGUUGUUUUGUCUAAUCAAAGCUGGAAGUGAUGGAGGAGAGGAGAAGGGCUGGAUGGCAGGCACCUGAUUCCCCAUGGCCAUUUUGCUUUAGUCAUUACUCACUGCAGUGUGGGCAGCGCUGGCCUUGCACGGUGGCACGGGACAGUGAGCGCGGGUGGCACGCCCUGGUCACCGUGGGGCACUGCCAGCACCAGGUCUGCCUGAGGCCAGGCCUCUGGCUCAGUGGGCUGUCCUGGAUGCUCCAUCCCAGCUCAGGGCUGGGGCUGUCCCUGCGCCUGGGCCCGGCUCUGACAGGGUGAGGCUGUCAGGGCCAGCCUGUGCCCUCCUGCUGAGGAAUCCCCAAGGAAGGGGAAAGCAAUCAUGGCAGCAAUGUCCUCUCUCCCCUCCUCCCUCCUUCCUCUAAUCUGUGGCAUUGUUUUGUGGUUGGCGUGGCAAGGCUUGUCAGGAGACCCAAGGACCCAAGCAAGUGGGAAGGAGUUCUGCUGGCAGCGGUUUUUAGGUAGCUCCUUCCUGUGCUCCUUUCCAUGUGAUGUUACAAGGCAGCAGCUAUGAGGGGACGCUUCUUCCCAUCCUGCCCUGGCGCUCACACCACCCUGGGCUUCGAGGGAGGGAGAAGGCAGCUAAGGUGGACUGCUGCAGGGAAGGGUCUGCCUGUGCCACUGGCUCCUGCCUGGUGCUGGGGC